AUGGUAGGAGCUAACCAAACUUCUAUGGUGACAGAGUUUCUCUUCUCUGGCUUCCCCAAGUUUGAAGAUGGUAGCCUUCUCCUCUUCAUUCCUUUGUUCAUCAUCUACACAUUUAUCAUUGUUGGGAAUCUCACUGUAUUUUUUGCAGUCAGGAUGGAUGCCCACCUCCACAAUCCCAUGUACAAUUUCAUCAGCACCUUCUCCUUCCUGGAGGUCUGGUACACCACAGCCACCAUCCCCAAGAUGCUCUCCAACCUGGUCAGUGAGAAGAGGACCAUCUCCAUGACUGGCUGCCUCCUGCAGAUGUACUUCUUCCAUUCGCUUGGAAAUUCAGAGGGGAUUUUGUUAACCACCAUGGCCAUUGACAGGUACGUUGCUAUCUGCAACCCUCUCCGCUACCCAACCAUUAUGACCCCCCGGCUGUGUGCUCAACUCUCUGCGGGCUCUUGCAUCUUUGGCUUUCUUGUGUUACUCCCAGAGAUUGCAUGGAUUUCCACACUGCCUUUCUGUGGGCCCAACCAAAUCCAUCAGAUAUUCUGUGACUUUGAACCUGUGCUACGCUUGGCCUGUACAGACACGUCCAUGAUUCUGAUUGAGGAUGUGAUCCAUGCUGUGGCCAUCAUCAUCGCUGUACUGAUCAUUGCUCUCUCUUAUAUCGGAAUCAUCACUGUGAUCCUGAGGAUCCCUUCUGUUGAAGGCCGCCAGAAGGCCUUUUCUACCUGUGCAUCUCAUCUUGGUGUCUUUCUGAUGUUCUAUGGCAGUGUCUCCCUCAUGUACCUGCGUUUCUCUGCCCCUUUCCCACCAACUUUGGACACAGUCAUUGCAGUGAUGUUUGCCGUUCUUGCUCCCUUUUUCAACCCUAUCAUCUAUAGCUUGAGAAACAAGGAUAUGAAGAUUGCUAUUAAGAAGCUGCUGUGCUCCCCACAAAUGUUGCCACCAUCUGUCACCAUGCAACACUAUUACAGCACCAUUGACUAUGUUCCCUAUGCUAUGAUAUCUGUGAAAGUAGCUGUAAGUCCCCCUGUGGAGGGCUGGAGGGAUAUCAAGGAUGCAGAGACCCAGACAGACAGAGGAGUCCCUGUGGUCUUUGGUAGAGUUUACCGCCCUGAAGGAGGAACCCUGUUUAAAGAAGACAAAACAAGUAAUCGGUAA